AUGCGUAGUUCUGUCAAAAAGUUACCAUCUCGUGCACUUUUCCGGUGCAGUGGUUUUGGGGUCCCGAAAAGGUCUGUACAUGAACGAGUACUGGAUCUUCGGCUUCCAAGGGGUUCACCGUCACCUGCAUCUUCCUCGUCCGCCUCGUGUUCCUGUGAAGAUCCUCCAGAUUCCCCUUCGUUUGAGGAUCCAGUCACAGAAAGCAUGGAAGAGCCAGAGGAAACCUGA